AGGGGCCGGGCCAGCCGCGGGGAGCGGCCAGCCCGCUCGGGCCCGGAGUCUCGGCUGUGCCGGCGCUGCUGCCGAGCGCAGCGUUGCUUCCUCCUUCCCGUCCCUUCCCUUCGCCGGGGCCGGCGCCAUGGCCGGGGGCGCUGGGCCUGCCGCUCCCUGACACCCGCCAGCCCGAGGAGGCUGCUGCGAGCGGGGCUCCCCCGGGCAUCGGAAAGGAAAGGGAAGAACUGCCCUUGCCCCUAGCGGAGCUGCCUCGUUCUCCUGGAGCCCGCGAAGGAAGAACUGCAAAGGGAAGGUCUGGACGUUUCAUGUUCCGUCAGCCCGGCAGAAUUUUGGCUUUGAUUCCGUCUUGCUCGUACCUGUUCCUGGAGAAGAGGCACCGUCCCGCCAUGUCCCGCUACAGCCUCCACAACCUCCUGGACUGGAUGUAUGGGGGGGUGGACCCCAGCUUUGCCGGCAACGGGGGGCCGGAAUGCGCUGCCUUUCUCUCGGGGAAGCAGCGCUUGCUGGAGAGUUUGGUCUUUCUCAGCGUAGGCAUCGUGGAAAUCGUCCUGUCCUUGGGGAAGCUCAGGCAUCUCCACCUCAGGGAGCUGGAGAAUCUGCUGCAGCAGCCCCAGACUAAGCAGGAGAGUUUGGGCAAGAACGUGCUGCUGGUGCUGCUCUGCCUCAUCUUCGGGCUGGAGGUGGGGUUCAAGUUUGCCACCAGGACUGUCAUUUACCUCCUGAACCCUUGCCAUGUGGUCACCAUGAUGCAGAUUUUUCUUCUUGCCUGUCCUCCCUGUCGGACUGCAAUGAUUCUCUUCAGGUUGCAGAUGCACAUGCUGAACGGGGCCCUGCUGGCAUUGCUGUUUCCUGUUGUGAACACACGCCUGCUUCCAUUUGAAAUGGAAAUUUAUUAUAUCCAGCAUGUGAUGCUUUAUGUUGUGCCCAUCUAUCUGCUGCAGAAAGGAGGUAUCUACACUCCAGAGCCACUCUGCAAUUUCUGGUGGGCUCUUUUAUCCACGGGGUUUAUGUUUGUCUAUCACUUCAGCAUCUUGCAGGUUCUGGGACUGGUCACGGAAGUGAAUUUGAACAACAUGUUGUGCCCAGCCGUCUCAGACCCUUUUUACGGGCCCUGGUAUCGAAUCUGGGCAUCUGGACAUCAGACUGUGAUGACCAUGACUCAUGGGAAGCUUGUCAUCCUCCUGUUUCACAGUGCUGUCCCCAUCUUUAAAUGUAGCAUGGACUUGCUUAGACUGCCAGCCAAGAAAAUAGACUGAAAUGUCUCCCCGUGGAGUCCUGCAGGGAGCAGAGACACCGAUACUGGAAAACAGAGAAGGGAUGAGAGGACAACGAAUUUCUACUUCUCCCCACAGUUUAUUGCCUCAGAAACACCUUUGUAAUCAAGUGAGGGGUUUUUUUUUACCUGCUGUUUCUCACUGCCUAUUGCCAAUGGCAAAAUUAGUGGCCUUAUUCUGGGAAAGGUUUGUGUUUUAUACAUUUUGUACAGAUUACAGUAGAAUCUUGCUAAGCCACCAUUUAAAAUUAGGCCAGGACCUGUCCACAUUCCAGCAAAGAGAGUGGCAGUGCUACCUUGUUUGGACUUAUUUUCCAUUAAAUAUGAGUACAGUUAUAUCAUGGGAGAGGAAAUGAUGUUGCAUUGCAACGCUCCUCUGAUGUGAAUGUUGAGCCACAUCAUCCUGGCUCAGCUCUCAGAACCUGAAUGUUCCAAAACAGCCCCAGGAAACAAUCUCCCAGUUGUAAGUGCAAAGGAGUGAGGUUCUACUGUAUUUUCUUUAAGCUGGUUGAAAAUGUUGGGGAACAAUAACUCAUUCAAACAAUACUUUUUUUGGUUUGGUUUUUUUUUAAAAUCAGCUGCUUAGUUCCUAAGCUGCUGUGGGUAAAUAUCCAUCUGGUGAAGUCCCAUUGUAUCUUGAUGCUUUGGAGAUACUUCUAUUUGGGUGAGUGGAAAAAAAUUGUGUGGGAAUCAUUUCAAAAGACCAUGCUGUGUAUAAGCCAUGAUAAGAUAUUGCAUCUACUCUUCUGUCCAGACUUUGAACAAGAUGUUUUUUCACUUAGCUUAGACUGGAGAAGGAGUGGAGAUACAAAGUCCAUUGUAAAGAUCAGAGUUCUCUUUUUUUUUUUUUUUUAACUUAGUAGCUUUUGAAACAUUCCUGCUCUGUUCACACUGAUCGUCGCUGAGCAGACUGCUUAAAAAAGGAACAAAAUGAAACUGUUCUCUCUCUACAGCUCUAAUACAUCCUGUGUACUGAUUUUAAAAUACAGGUACAAAAAGGAAUGUCAAAUCAGUGCAGUUCUGAAAAGAACAUGUUCCAGUUUACUGGUAAGAAAUCUUCCUGUCAAGGUGUCUUUUGGAGAACAGGAUGCAGAUGGGCAGAACGAUCAACAGUAAAAUGUGUGUACCUGUUCAGAUUUUGCAAGGCUAGAGGAAAAACUGCUGGGCAGAAAGAUGGGAGAUCCUGAGCGUGUUCUUCCAGAACUGUGGCUCUGUUUCCCAGGCUGUUGGGUUUCGGGGCUGCAGGUUUCUGUUGCACACGAGGUUGUUGCAAUUUAUACGUUCAUUGAGUUAUCAAAGCUGUGACUUGUAAGAUAAACCAAAACCAUGAUACCUCCUUCAGCUGGAGCGCCUGAAGGGAUGUUCUGAAGUUAGGGUACAGUCAUUUAUACCUCAGGAGGGAAACAAGAGAGAACAAGAAGUGGUUGAUUUUGGUAUUUUUAUCUGUUUUCCUU